AAGAAGCAAUUUGUGGAUCGAGUAAUUAAUUAAAUGGCGAUUGGUGUUCCGAUAUGCGUGCAGUGUGGGACCGGGAGCAACCCAUGCAGGUGCAAGGUGGUGGGGCCGACGCUGGGUUUCUUGGCAUUUGCGGCGGCGGCGCUGGUGGAGUGGCCGGUCGGAGCUCUCGUCUACUGCUUCCGACACAUGAAGGGCCGCCGUAUCAUGGCCCAUCCCGCCACCGUUGUUUACCCCGCCGUUUCCAAUUCUAUUCCUAUUUAAUCUAACUGCUGAGUUACUUUAUUUAAUCACUCGUACUUUCCGUUUUGUUUUUUUUGAUUUCAAUGUGAAGACAAUGUAACGGCGUUAGUCACUUCCGUUUGUGUUUUUGUACUCAUGUAGCAAUAAAAUGACGUAAUGUAUGUUCUCUUAUAAACAUGUGUUUUUGUGAGGUAUUUUGGAAAUAUUAGUUGUUUGUCUUAU